GUGGAUAUUUCACCACAACUUACUGCAGCCUAGUGGUCCAUAUCAUUUUAAAUCUGAUCUUUCUGGCAUCAACUGCUUUGAUGUUUUUGAGGUUUGGGGUUGUUCUUAGAUAAAGUGAUUUUUUUAAAAUUAUUUUUUAUUAGCUCCUGACAGUAGUGGGGGGAAGCUUCGGCUUGAUUUGAUGUCAGUAGAGUUACACAGUUGCAUAUUGGUAAGAUAUUAACCUUUUACUAAGACCCAAUUUUAACAACUCUGAACUAUCCCUUUAAGAAAAAGACGCUUCCCUCUCCACUUAAUCGCUACUUCUGCCCGGGCCAUUCCCCGGACGACUGUGAAGGAGCGCACCCGCCACCGAGUUACUAGGCUGUCUCGUUUAACCAUUCAUUAAAUUUGAAUGGGCGUGGCUAGAACAAUAUUUUUUAAGGCGUUCAAUACAAAACAAAUGCUUAAACAGCACUUAUAUAUUUUAUUCAACAAUUAUUUUUGUGAAUAGGAUUUAGCAAGUGGACUUUUUAGUGCAACCUCCCUCCAAAGUUGCAGGACUGACCGAUCAAAGGCAUCGAGGAUUUGAAGGGAUUAAUCAACGCUACCUUCCCUAAAAGCGUUUUUAACCGGCAGACCAAUUAUAUAACCGCAUUAUACAAUAAAUGGAUCGCCACUAAAGCAAAUGCAGAAACACGGAGAGUUUCUGCGCACGCUGAGUGGGAAAAAUUGACUUCCUGCACGAUGCGCGUCGUCUUUCUGAGCAGAUCUCCAUCUGCCUCUGCAGGCUGAGCUGGCUUUCGUCUUCUUCCUCCUUCUCUUUCCCUUCCUCCUCCUCCUCCUCCUCCUCCUCCUCCUCUUCCUCUUAGCUUCAGCACAGCCCAAGGAAAAGAGAGGGUUGACACUGUCUGCUUUAAGACUCGCCCCAUUGUUGCGUAGUUUGCAAGGGGGGGGGGAAGAAAAAACAGUCUACUCUCCCUACGUGCUUCGAUCUAGUCUGAUUGGAGCAACCCAGACGGGUGUUUUUCCUCAGAAUUCUGCUGCAGUUCUGUUGGGAACUAUGGUUCUGCAGAGAGUGAUCCGUGCUGUCAUCAUGGGACCUCCGGGAUCGGGGAAGGGAACGAUGUCUGCGCGCAUCAUCAAAAGUUUUGGAUUGCAACACAUGUCUAGUGGGGACAUUUUAAGAGCCAACAUCCAGGAUAAAACAGAGCUUGGACUGUUGAUGAAGUCCUGCAUCGAUCAGGGACAGCUGGUACCUGACGACAUCAUUUCCCGUCUCAUCCUGAAUGACCUGAGGAAGAUAAACAGCAGCGGCUGGCUGCUUGAUGGAUUUCCUCGGACUGUGUCCCAGGCAGAGGCUCUUGAUCAUGCCUUCUCUUUAGAUACAGUCAUCAACCUGAAUGUCCCUUUCCAGACCAUCAAGGAAAGGCUGACCUCUCGUUGGACUCACAUCCCCAGCGGCAGAGUCUAUAAUAUAGAUUUCAACCCACCAAAAGUUGCUGGUUUGGAUGAUGUGACAGGAGAGCCUCUGGUUCAGAGAGAUGACGACAGACCAGAGACGGUCACACGGAGACUGAAGUCCUAUGAAACCCAGACAGAACCCGUCCUGGAGUUCUACAGGAGUAAAGGUGUGCUGGAGACCUUUACGGGAACAGAAACCAAUAAGAUAUGGCCGCAUGUUGAAGCUUUUCUCCACAGAAAAUUCUCCUCCAUUAGUCAAAGAGCUGCUUAGCCUCAGCAAAAUCCAAGAACGGCUGAAGUUUACUGAUGGAAAACCACACUGUGCAUUGUUCAAUCAAAAAUGCAUCAUAUAAGUAGUAGUUGAGGAUAGAGUAAUUAUGUUUCAUUGAAGGUAAAGCCCUAAAAUUUGCAAAUGAAGAUUUAGCUCUUUUACUAAAAACAGAAUAAGACUACUUACUACCUAUGUUAGAAAAAAGUAUUUUUUUAAACAUGUUCUUAAAACCUCUGUGUUGUUGAAAUAAUUUGGGGGGAACUCAGAUGAGUGUGUGCCUCAAACCUUUUUAACCAUUUGCUGUUAGUGUGUCCACUUUGUGCCUUUAUAAAGUCAGAAGUUAACAGGUGACUCAAACUUGGAAGUUUUGCAGGAGCACAACAUGAAGGGGUUACAUUGCACAAGAUGCUGUAGGAGGAACGCGUCCGCUGUUUUGGCAUGAACAAAACCAGGUUUAAUUCUCCUAAAUGUAAUCCCAACACACACACAACCUGUAGAGCUAAACAUCAGCAGCAGCCUUUUUAAAAAUCAUAAAUCCUGGAAAGGAGGCUAUUUUUUGUAGUGUAACAACAAGUGUGCAUAUCAGCCUAAUGUGGCCCAUUUCUUCUGCAGUGGCUGUUUCCUUUAAGCAGAACAUUCUGUUGGGUUUGAUUCUCAUAUAUGUGCAUGUACCUUUUGCUGCUGUUCAGCUUGAUAAAGGAAGGGUUUUUAAACACUUUGUUUUCCUCUAAUCAUGGACCAAUUGAAAUGAUUUAUAAAUGGACAUUUAUAAUAAUGGAUAUUUUUUAAUUCUUAGAAGAAAUAUAUUGCUUAACAGCUACUUUCAACCACCUCAGGUCUUACAAGUGAUGCCUCUGAAACACUCCAUUCUUAUAAAUUUCAUCGUCCAUUCCUCGUUGUGACUGUAUUCCCUGUGAGCGAUAUUUGGCAUUUAUUUAGUCUGACCUGAUGGCAGAAAAAUAGAUGAACACAUACAUGGACACAUGUUAUACAGGGUCAAAUGUUGUUGAAAGGCAUGAGCUUGUAGUUUUUGCACAUUGUUCUGAAUGUUUACCCUGUGAUAAAGCCUUAAUAAUGCUUCUGUGCAGUGCACUGUGUGUGGUCAUUCUGUUUUUUUUAAACACUUCCAUGCAUUGUUGAAAUGCAACAACCAUCUUUUCAUAUACAACUCAGAUAUUUAUGAAUCACAAUAAAUGUCUUGUACUGUA